GCGCCGUGCGGAGCCGAGCGGACCGGAGCCGCGGCCCGGAUGUAGCCGGAACAUGGCGCUGGGGGCGGCGUGACGGCGGCGGCCGAGGUGGCAAUGAGGGACCUGGCUCGCAGGGCAGGGCACUGGUUUCGGAGCUGCUGCUGUGCCAGAUCUUUCCACCAUGUUUGGGAAAAAGAAGAAAAGGCUGGAAAUUUCCGGGCCCUCCAACUUCGAGCACCGGGUCCACACUGGCUUCGACCACCGGGAGCAGAAGUUCACGGGGCUGCCCCAGCAGUGGCACAGCUUGCUGGCAGACACAGCCAACAGGCCCAAGCCUAUGGUGGAUCCCUCAUGUAUCACUCCCAUCCAGCUGGCUCCUAUGAAGACUAUUGUUCGAGGAAACAAGCCUCGAAAGGAUACUUCAAUCAAUGGCCUGCUGGAGGAGUUUGACAAUAUCUCAGUGACACGAUCCAAUUCCCUGCGGAAGGAAAGUCCUCCCACCCACCACCAAGGAAAUGCAAACCACGUGCCAAGGCACCAGGAGGAAAAUGGCUACAUCACAUAUUCUCAGUACUCCAGUGAGUCAGACACCACCACAGACUAUGUCGUGGAGAAAUACCGAGACAAGACUCUGUACGGGGAGGAGUUGGACAGGUACUACAAGGGCAGCUACGCCGCCAAGCAGAACGGGCACAUGAUGAAGGUGACAUCCCGGGACAUCUAUUACUCAGAAGUGUCACCCCUGCAGUCAGACCUCUCCAGGUUCCUCCCAGAUUACCAUGCACACCUGGAGAGCAAGCCCAAACCACUGGAAUACGGCGGCCUAAAGCUGGAGUACCAGCGCAUCCCCAGCGGAUCCUCCCUGGACUACAGAGAUUCCUUUCCUUACGCCCCGUCCCGAGUGUCGGUGCAGAGCGAGUGCCCCAAGGAGAGGCUGGACUACGGUGACAGUGACUGGGGACAUGGCCUGAGCAAGGAUGACUAUGACAAGAGGCCAAAGUCAUCCUAUGUGGACCCUGCGAGCCCUCAGCCAGCCAUGAGGCAGAGAUCCAGGUCGGGCUCCGGCCUGCAGGAGCCGGCCAUGCCCUACGGAGCAAGCGCCUUCAAAGCCCACCAGCAAGGACAUUCCUACAGCUCCUACACCUACCCCCGCCUGUCCGAAACUGCAGCCGGCAUUCCCAAGGUGGAUUAUGACCGAGCACAGCUGGUCGUCAGCCCACCGCUCUCUGGGUCGGACACCUACCCCCGGGGCCCAGUCAAGCUACCUCAGAGUCAGAGCAAAGUCAGCUACUCCAGCAGCAGCUACCAGUACCCUCUGGUGUACCACAAAGCCCCCCACUAUCACCAGCCGCCUCUCCAGCCCGGCUCGCCCUACAUUUCCACCGCCUCCUACCCCAGCUCCCCAAGUAUCACAUCAAGUGCUUAUCCUCCCCCCAGCUGGGGCUCCUCCUCGGACCAGCAGCCCUCCAGGGUGUCCCAUGAACAGUUCCGAGCUGCCCUGCAGCUCGUGGUGAGCCCCGGAGACCCCCGGGAGUACUUGGACAACUUCAUCAAGAUUGGGGAGGGCUCCACGGGCAUCGUGUGCAUUGCCACUGAGAAGCACACGGGGAAGCAGGUGGCUGUCAAGAAGAUGGACCUCAGGAAACAGCAGAGAAGGGAGCUACUCUUCAACGAGGUUGUGAUCAUGAGGGAUUACCACCAUGAGAACGUGGUGGACAUGUACAACAGUUACCUAGUCGGGGACGAGCUCUGGGUUGUGAUGGAGUUCCUGGAGGGCGGCGCUCUGACAGACAUCGUCACUCACACCAGGAUGAACGAGGAGCAGAUCGCCACCGUCUGUCUGUCCGUGUUGAGAGCUCUGUCCUACCUGCACAACCAGGGCGUCAUCCACCGCGACAUCAAGAGCGAUUCCAUCCUGCUCACCAGCGACGGCAGGAUAAAACUGUCUGAUUUUGGGUUCUGUGCCCAAGUGUCAAAGGAGGUCCCCAGGAGGAAGUCGCUGGUUGGGACACCAUAUUGGAUGGCACCGGAGGUAAUAUCCCGCCUGCCCUACAGCACUGAGGUGGACAUCUGGUCCCUGGGCAUCAUGGUGAUUGAGAUGAUCGAUGGGGAGCCCCCGUACUUCAACGAGCCACCGCUGCAGGCCAUGCGCCGCAUCCGGGACAACCUCCCGCCCCGCGUGAAGGACAUGCACAAGGUCUCCUCAGUCCUCCGGGGCUUCCUGGACUCGAUGCUGGUGCGGGAGCCCUCGCAGAGAGCCACAGCACAGGAACUGCUGAGACACCCCUUUCUCAAACUGGCUGGGCCCCCCUCCUGCAUCGUGCCCCUCAUGAGGCAGCACAGGCAUCGCUGAAGCUUUUUGGGAAGAGGUCAGUGCAGAGCCUGGCUCGUGACGUGUGGGAUCCACAGGGAGGGAGGAGGAGAACCUUGUGAAGGAAGGCAGCCCUGUGGAAAUACUGUGGUGUGUAGAGAACCCCAAAGGCCAGGCAGUGCUCUCUGUGCUCCUGCUGUGCCAGGGACAGGGAGCAAUCCUGGCCACGCUCCAGCGCUCCCAGCACUGUCGUCUGCUGGGCCACCCAGGCAGGAGGCAGCAAAUGCCAAUGUUGGAAAGGUAAUUUGGCAGAGGAGAGCACAGCCAGAGUGAAACACCUGAACUUUACUGCAGGCUACAGCACUUCUGUUUCAGAGGAACACUUUUCUGACAAAGCAAAGCACUUUUUAUCUUGGCCAGAGCAGCGCAAUGUAUUUUGCAACAAGUUUGUAAUUUUCUGUACAGUACGUUUUGAUAACUUGCAGUACUUUGUCAUGUAACUGUUGUGUUAGUUGAAGUUAUAAGUGUAAUUUAGCGAGAAUUUGAGAAGAUGAAGUUUCCUACUUUUUUUAACCCUUUUGAAAACAGGAGCUAAAAAAAAAAGAAACCACAACCACCUUUAGGAAAUUGUAAAGUUUUGCAGAUUUCCCAGGGGGUGAGGAGGGGGCUCAUCCCACCCCCAAGGCAGCUGGAAGAGCCAAGGAUAUGGCAGGAGCGCCUGGCUUGGGGCACGCUGUGGCAGUGGCAGCCCCAGCUCUGGGUGUCCCUUUCCCCCCCUCCCACACUGGGCUGAUCCCUCUUAUUUUAUGCGACCACAAGGCCAGUUCUGCCACCACAGCAGCCUCCACGAUUCCCAUCACACUCUGGCAGUGGAGAGGGAGGGCAGGAGCUCUUCCUCCCACCCCAGAGGGAUCCCUAGAGCUCAGGCAGAGCCAGGGGAUGGGAUGGGAUUGGAUGUGGGAUGGGAUACGCUGCCAGGCGUUUGCCAUAGAGAAGCCGUGCUGCUGUUUAGACCUUUUUGAAUGUUGAUGCAACAGUUGACUACUGCGGUACAAUUUUGUGUUAUUUGUUGGAUGACUUUGCAUGUUAACUGUAGGCCUAAAUAGAUUUGCCUUUAAAAUUUUUAGAAGUGCUUCAUAAUUAAUUUUAUUAACAAUGAGUUGUUUUUAAUUAUGUAUAAUACAAAAGCCAUGUUUUUCGAGUUUGUUUUUUUUUUUCUUACUGACCUCAUUUUAUGGUAUCUUUAAGAACCACAAAGCCAAGUUUGUAAAAACACAGUUUCUUUCUUAUAAUGGAAUUUCAUAGUUAAUAAAUUAAUUGUUAUUUAUUGUACUAAAUUAUAACCAAACAUCUAAACCUGGCAGGAGCUGUUGUUUAAAGAUCUUCCUCUGGAAGAAAAGAGUUGCCAAGAGUAAAGAAGCUCCUUUAGUUCUACCCUUAAAGAAUAUUUGGAGGGAGAGAAGCAAUUAAAAAGAAAAAAACAAGGAGAUAAGGAUGAUCUGGAACAUGGAAUAGAUGUUCUUACUUCAGUGUCUUAUCCCCACUGCUCUCUCUCCCUACCCCUGUUUGCACAUUUGAAGACACUGAAGAAAAUGAUUUUGGCUCCCGCCGCGCCCCAGCUCCAGAGCCCACCCGGCUGGGAGCACCCACAGCCUCCCAGGGCUCUCUUUUGUAGUCUUGACAACUCAGGAAACCAGGCUGCACCAGUCCAGGCAAUGGCACAACUUAGUACUCGCCACAAAAUUACCUUUUUUAACCAUCUUUGACUAAAAUAAAGGGGUUGGUGGGCGUUUUUUCUUCAAUAUUCAGCACAUUUUAGGCUGUACAAGUGAAGAAUUUUCUGCAACUUUCUUAUUAUUAGAUACUUUAAACAGUGUUCAUCAAGUUUACUGAGAGUUUUGUCGAUUUCAGAGGGGUUUUUUUGUGACCACCAGCUACUGGUGAGACAAAUGCACAUGCAAGUUCAAUAAAUUAAUUAAUAAACA